AUGGCGGCCCCAAAGAUGACCAAGAACCAGAUGCGCAGGGCCAAGAAGAAGGAGCAGAAGAAGGCUCAAGCAGAGGCUACCCCUACAAAGACCGAAGAAACCGCUGAGGCUACCAGCCGUGAAGAGCACGAUGCCGCCGAGCCUGCGACGACAAAUCUCGAAGUGAAGAAGGGGUCGACAACGGAAGAUGCCGCUACCACAGAUGGUCAUGCCACUGAAGUUGACAUGGAUGAGGAGGAUCCUGCAUAUGCCAUGUACAAGGACAUCUUUAGCAAAUUUGGCGCGUCGAUGGAAGAGGACGAAAUCGCCAAGGAGGCCAACGCUGGCAAUCAAGGGACAGUGUUUUACGCGGAUGACGACGAGAUUCCAGACGAAGACGAGGAGAACAACGGACAGCCCAAGUUAUCCAAAAAGAAGAAGAAGCAGCUCAACACCAUCUCUAUCGCAGAGCUCAAGGCGUUAGUCAAGGUCCCUGAGGUGGUAGAAUGGCAGGACGUAUCCUCGUCGGAUCCUCGACUACUUGUUCAGAUCAAAGCUCAACGAAACGUCGUUCCAGUACCAACCCAUUGGUCUUUAAAGCGAGAGUAUCUGUCUUCAAAACGAGGUAUCGAGAAGCCACCUUUCCGGCUACCCCAGUUCAUCGCAGAAACCGGCAUUACCGAAAUGCGCGAUGCCGUCCUCGAUAAACAGGCAGAACAGUCAUUGAAGCAGAAACAGAGGGAACGUGUUGCUCCAAAGAUGGGCAAGCUCGAUAUCGAUUACCAGAAACUUUACGAUGCUUUCUUCCGUUUCCAGACCAAGCCCGAAUUGACGCGAUUCGGUGAGGUUUACUAUGAAGGCAAAGAGUCUGAGGUUGAUUACCAACAUUUCCGACCGGGUGACCUCACCGAGGGUACUAAGGAAGCCCUGGGAAUGCCUCCUGGUGCGCCACCACCAUGGCUCAUCAACCAACAACGAUUCGGGCCUCCUCCAUCCUAUCCUACUCUGAAGAUUCCUGGACUUAAUGCGCCACCACCGGCUGGAGGCUCAUGGGGCUUCCAUCCCGGUGGUUGGGGUAAACCCCCAGUUGAUGAGUUCAACAGGCCUUUGUUUGGUGGUGAUGUCUUCGGUCUUGCGGCACAGGGCGGACAAGGAGGCGCACAAAUGCACGCGGGAGCCGGUGAGCCUGUAGAGAAGAACUUGUGGGGUGAGCUGCAGCCACGAGAAGAGGAAUCAGAGGAGGAGGAGGAGGAAGAGUCAGAUGAAGAGGAAGAGGAAGAAGACGAUGAUAUUCCUGGCGGAACAGAGACACCCAGUGGCCUCGAGACUCCCGGUGGUUAUGCCAGCACGGUGCAGGCGGACUAUGGGCAAGGUGUCGAGACGUCUAUUGCUGGUGAGAUGGACUUACGAAAGGAGCGCCGUGGCUACGACACAGAAGAGUCUGGUGCUCCUCGAUCCGCCUACACGAUCCUGCCAGAGCGCCAAGUUCGCGCCGAAGGAUUCUUCGGUAGUGACAGGGUAUAUGACCUCAAGCAAGCACAAGCAGCUCAGCGAGCAGGUGUGCCUGUUCUCGGCGCCGAUGACGAUUCACGCAAGCGCAAGAAGCCUGGCGAUAUCGACGUUGCUCUUGAUGUCGACUCGUUGCACAACCACGAUGGUAUCAGCAAAGACGACCUGCGGCGCAAGUUCGAGGAGGGUAGGAAGGAAGAGGGCAUUGGAGCCAAGUGGGCGUAUGACGAUGACUUGAGUGAGAUGAUCGCUCAGGAGAGCAGGAAGAGACAGAAGACUGAGGCAGAGCUCAAGGAGAAGCGGAGGGAAGGCAAGGGAAGAUACUAA